GUGGGAAGAGUAGGACAGACAUGUUUUGCGAGCUUUCCAUGAACUUAGGAGAGUCAAAAGCGAGAAAUUGCGGUGGGAGUGACCUAAGGAUCUGAGGGGUGAGAGAGACGAGAGAUGGGAAAGAUGGGCUUGCGGAACAACUGGUUGGUUCGUUGGAUGAGACGCCGCAUUGUGGAUCCCGUGCUCGGCUUCGUCCGGAGGGGAACGGAACCCAAACAGCUCGCCUUGUCCGGUGCUCUCGGGAUCACGCUCGGAGUAUUCCCAGUUUAUGGUGCUACUGCGUUGCUGUGUGCUCUUGCUGCUCUGGUCCUUCGAUCUAAGUGCCAUGUCCCGUUGCUAAUGCUGGCAAAUCUCGUAGCUACACCGAUAGAACUGAGCUUGAUUAUCCCGUUUUUGCGAGUUGGAGAGUACGUUCUUGGAGCGGAGCACAUCGCUCUGACAACAAGCACAUUCAAAGAAGCCUUCUCUGGCCAUUUGCCUCGACAAGUGAUCUUUGGCCUUUUGUACGCAGUGCUGGGAUGGAUCGUUGCCUCGCCCUUCAUCUUCUGCGGGCUGUAUGCAGCCUUCCUCCCGAUGUUCCAGAGCUUGAGCCGCAAAGUUAGAAGCGAACCAUUGAUCCGGCAAGGCCGUUCCUCGUCCAGGCCCCUGAGCGUUUGAAUCUCUUGGCAAUGCAAACCAAAGGUUUAACGCUAAAAAAGCUAGCUAUGAGUCUUGGUACUGGUAGUAUUGUGUUUUUCGCUUCAGCCUGCCUGCCUGGUUGCUGGCAAUUUUCUGACAAGCGCUUUGGUGAGAAAAAAAGAUCCACUUUCCAGAACUGUGUUGUGUACAUGAAAGCAAAGACUACGCAACUUUUUCAGAAA